UAAGAUGGCUGUGUCUCGCGGAGCCUCGUGCUGGUUUGGUUGAUUUCUAGCUGGCGCUCUCGUUCUGUAACAGAAGCCCCCCCUCCAACACACACACACACACACUCACUUGUGUCGGUGAAAUUCAUUUCCCUGGCUCUGUAUUUAUAUAUUUUUUCUUUCACAAACUUUCCCCUCUCUGUUUUAACUUUAAACGGAGUCGCGGUGGAUUACCGGAUACCGGUCCGGGCGGAGGGAAAAGGGGGGAAUGAACCGGGACGACGGGUACGUUGUUAUAAAUAUAAUUGUAUUUAUAUUCAAUGGUUAUUCGGAGUUUGAUUGUGAGUGAGUCGCCGUGCUGAGAGAGAGAGGCAGAGAACGAGUGGGGGAGAGAGAGAGGGAUAUCAUGGCCGCUCAGGUCGCCAGCGUCGCCACUCUCAACACUAGCCCGCCAUCCGAACUCAAAAAGCCGGAUCGGGACACACAGGAGGAGUCGGUACCGGGAGAGAAACAGCAUGAAAAUAAGGAACCGGGACCUGACGGCGGAUCUCCUGGCCAGAAGGAGCUGCAGGACGGGACCGAUGCUGGAAAUGCUGGGGGAGGAGGGGAUCCUGACAUGAAGAACGGCAACGGGAAUUUACCCAGGGUAAAUAAUAAUAGCAGUAAUCAGAAUGAUACAGGCGGGCCCGAAGGGAAUAACCAUCCCGGGAUGGGACACCACCACCCGGGCCCCUUUCCUCCACCUCCUUACGGUUACAACCAGCCCUACAGCCGGGGCCCUUUUCAUCAACAUGGCGGACAACAAAGCCCUGGCAUGGCAGCUGCAUCGGGGCCGGGCAUGAUGGACCCUUACCCCCCUAAUUCACACGAACACGGCUACCCCAACCAUUACAACAACUACACCCCCUUCCAGAACAGGACUUCUUAUCAGGGCCAAGGAUACGGGGCCAUGAAUUCCCCGCGUAACAACCAGCCUCCGGCGGCUGGGGGGCAGCCAGGCAAGCAACAGCCAGCAGGAGGAACCACAGCCAUGGCUGCCUCUUAUAAUAAUCAGAGGUAUAACAUGGGAAACCAACAACCUACGUCUACGCCAACUUUAAAUCAGCUUUUGACAUCCCCCAGCUCUGCCAGGAGCUACCCGAAUUAUCCCCAAGGAGACUAUAACAAUCAGGAAGGGGCCAAUAAGGGACCAGGAGACAUGGGCAGCAGUCAGUAUAGUGGGGUCCAUCCGGGUUGGCAACAAAGGCCCCACCAUCCGCCUCCCAUGAGCCCGGGAAACACUGGACAGCCUCCAAACAGAAAUCAGCCUCCAAGCCCGAUGGACCAGGUGGGAAAAAUGCGCGGCCAGCCAUAUGGAGGACCCAACCCUUACACUCAGCAGCAGCAGCAGCAGCAACAACAGCAGCAACAGCAGCAGCAGCCGCAGCAGCAACAAGGGCCCCCCACAGGGCCCGGCCCCCAGCAGGGAGGCUCCUACCCGGGGCAGGGCUACGGACCUCCAGGAUCUCAAAGGUAUCCUAUGGGCAUGCAGAGCCGGACGCCUGGCGCUAUGGGCAGCAUGCAGUACGGACAGCAGAUGUCGGCCUAUGGACAACAGGGCCCGGGGGGCUACGGCCAGCAGAGCCAAGGGUACUAUGGUCAGCAUGGUCAACCCCCUCACCCCGCCCAGCAGCAAACUCCGUACCCCGGCCAGGCCCAGGGCAGCUCCGGAACUCCCUACCCCCAGCAGGGACAUCCUUCGCAGCCUCCUGGGCAACACGGGCAGCCGGGGCCCCCUUACCAACAAUCGCAAGGUCCCCACGGCGCUCCCGCAGGCCAGCCUCCCUAUAGCCAGCCCCCACAGCCGCAGCCAGGACAGCCCCCUUAUGCCCCACCUCAGCAGCAGCAGCAGCAGCAGCAGCAGUCUCAACAGCAGCAACAGCAAGGUCCUGGUCCCCAAAGUCAGCAGGCUCCUCAGAGCCAGCCCGGGUACCCACAACCCCCCGGACCUGGGCAGCCGCCUCAGCAGCAGCAGCAGCAGCAGCAAACCCCACAACAACAACAACAACAGCAGCAGCAGCAACAACAGCAGCAGCAGCAGCAAGUUCCCCCGCAACAGCAACAACCAGGAGGUCCACCUCCUCAAGCCCAGCAACCACCUGGUCACGGCCAGCAGAGUCAGCCAUCUCCUUACUCCCAGACACCCCCCCUGCAACAACAACAACAACAACAACAACAACAGCAGCAGCAGCAGCAACAACAACAACAGCAACCACCACCACAGCAACAGCAGCAGCAACAGCAGCAGCAGUCCCCAUAUCAAAGGUUCCCACCUCCUCCACAGGAGAUUUCCCAGGACUCGUUUAGCUCCCAGUCCAGUGCUCCGCCUUCUAACCAGCCCAACAAGAGCGGUCAGGAAGACAGCAUGCAGGGGCGUCCAUCAAGUCUGCCGGAUCUGUCUGGCUCCAUUGAUGACCUGCCCACAGGUACAGAGGGGGCCUUGAGCCCGGGCGUCAGCACCUCAGGGGUGUCCAGCAGUCAGGGUGAGCAGAGUAACCCGGCCCAGUCGCCCUUCUCUCCGCACACUUCGCCCCACCUGCCGGGCAUCCGCGGGCCCUCGCCCUCUCCCGUGGGCUCCCCCGCCAGUGUCACCCCCUCCCGCACCGGCCCCCUGUCUCCUGCUGCCGUGCCAGGUAAUCAGAUGCCACCCAGGCCGCCAAGCGUCCAGUCGGACAGCAUCAUGCACUCUUCCAUGAACCAGUCGGGCAUGGGCCAGGACAGGGUGUACAUGCGUAACCCUCAGAUGCCUCCCUAUGGGUCCCCUGGACAGCCUGGCUCCGCCUUAUCUCCACGCCAGUCUUCGGGAGGCCAGAUGCAUGGUGGGAUGGGACCUUAUCCCCAGAACAACACCAUGGGAAACUACGGCCCUCAGGGGGGCCAGUACGGCCCGCAAGGUUAUCCCAGGCAGCCUGGUUACACAGGGAUGCCCAACGCCAACUACCCCAGCGGUCCUGGCAUGGGCGGCUCCAUGAACCCCAUGCCUGGUCAGGGCAGCGGGGCUCCGUUCGGAAACAUGCCACCUGGCAGAAUAGGCCCCGGGCAGAUGGGUGCUCGGCCCUACGGUCCCGCCAUGGCCUCCAACAUGGCCGGCAUGCCUCCUCAGGUGGGGUCCGGAAUGUGUCCCCCUCCAGGCAUGAACAGAAAGGAUGGCGUGCCCUCCAUGCACCACGGACCCACGAACUCCAUACAUACCAGACCACCCGGCUACCCUAACAUGUCCCAGGGCAUGAUGGGAGCAGGCUCUCCGUACGGGCCAGGCAUGAACAGCAUGCACGGUAUGAUGAACCAGGGAGGGCCAGGGCCUUAUCCGAUGGGAGCGAACAUGCCCAACAACAGCCCUGGAAUGGCUCCAAGUUCAGAGUUUGCUAUGGAUAAAAUGAACCCUGCCCAGAAGAUAAACAACAAAGUGGAAGGGACUCCCAAGCCUGAAUCCAAAAAGAAGUCAAGCUCUUCCACCAUCACCAAUGAGAAGAUCACUCGUCUGUACGAGCUGGGCCCAGAGCCUGAGAGGAAGAUGUGGGUGGACCGAUACCUGGCCUUCGCUGAGGAGAAGGCCAUGGGCAUGAACAAUCUGCCCGCCGUGGGCCGCAAGCCCCUCGAUCUCUUCAGACUCUACAUAUCCGUCAAAGAAAUCGGCGGCCUCACGCAGGUGAACAAGAACAAGAAGUGGAGGGAGCUGGCCACCAACUUGAACGUGGGCACGUCGAGCAGCGCGGCCAGCUCGCUCAAGAAGCAGUACAUCCAGUGUUUGUACGCCUUCGAGUGCAAGAUUGAGCGCGGCGAGGACCCGCCUCCAGACUUCUUCAACACGGACACCAAAAAGAACCAGCCGAAAAUCCAACCUCCCAGCCCAGCCGGUUCUGGAUCACUUCAAGGACCCCAAACACCUCAGUCCACCAGUAGUUCCAUGGCAGAGGGGGGAGACCUAAAGCCCCCCACCCCAGCCUCCACACCGCACACACAAAUGCCUCCAAUGCCAGGCGUGAGGAGUAGUGUUAAUCUGCAGGACCCCUUUGCUGAUGGCGGAGACCCAGCAUUUUCCAGAAGGAACGCCAUGACUCCCAACUCUCAGGGCUACCAGCCAGGGAUGGGUGGCCCAGAGAUGAUGGCUCGAAUGGGUCCCUACGAAUCCACAAAGGACCCCUUUGGCGGCAUGAGGAAAGCUGGAGAACAGUUCAUGCCUCCAGGCCCCAACAGUGGAAUGGGAGAACAGUAUAACAGAGGCCCACCAGGUCCAAUGGGCAACAUGCAAAUGAGCCAGAGGCAACAGUACCCAUAUGGAUAUGACCGAAGACAGGAGCCAGGCAUGGGUCCUGACGGCAACAUGGGACCAGGAGCUCCUCAGCCAAACAUGAUGCCUUCUGGAGCUGACACAGGGAUGUACUCACCCAGCCGCCCUCCACCACAGCAACGGCAUGACUCCUACACAAAUCAGUACCCUGGCCAAGGAGCUCCCCCUGGUGGCCCAUACCCAAAUCAGCAGCCAGGAAUGUAUCCACAGCAGCAGCCGAACUACAAGCGUCCUGUAGAAGGAGGAUAUGGUCCUCCAGCCAAGCGCCACGAGCCAGAAAUCUACAACGUUCCUUACAGUGGUCAGCAGCAGCCAGGACCACAGUCGUCGGGGCCCCAGGGCCAGCAAGACAUGUAUAAUCAGUACAAUGCAUACCCCGGUGGCGAGCGAAGACCACCAGGCCCACAGAAUCAGUUCCCUUUCCCUUUUGGACGAGAGAGAGGGCCAGCAUCUGCAGGCCCCAACGCCCAGUCUCCAAUGCCUCCCCAGAUGAUGCCAAGCGCCAUGCCUUCAGGUCCAGAUGGCCCCCAGGGUCCAAUGUGGCAGGGCCGCAAUGAGAUGGGCUACCCCAACUACCCAAGCCGACAGGGGCCUCCUGUGGCAGGCCAGGGUCCCAGCUACCAUGGCAUGAACCGCUCAGAGGAGAUGAUGCCAUCAGACCAACGCAUGAACCAUGAAGGACAGUGGCCCGGCCACGUCAACCAGCGGCAGCCACCGUUCGGCCCCGCUGGCUCUGGACCACCCAUGACCAGACCCCUGCCCUCCACCUACCAGACCUCCCAGAAUCACAUUCCUCAGGUGUCGAGCCCAGCACCCAUGCCCCGGUCGAUGGAAAGCAGGACGUCCCCUAGCAAGUCCCCCUACAUGCAUCCUGGCAUCAAGGUGCAGAAGGCCGGGCCUCCUGUUCCUGCCUCACAUAUUGGCCAGGCCCCUGUGCAGCAGCCCAUGAUUCGGCGAGAUGUGGCCUUCCCUCCUGGCUCUGUGGAGGCUUCACAACCCCAUCUUAAACCCCGCAGGCGGCUCACCAUGAAAGACAUUGGCACUCCUGAGGCUUGGAGAGUAAUGAUGUCACUAAAGUCAGGCUUAUUAGCUGAAAGUACCUGGGCCUUGGAUACCAUCAACAUUUUACUCUACGAUGACAAUAGCAUUACUACUUUUAACCUAUGCCAGCUACCUGGAUUCCUGGAGCUGGUGGUGGAGUACUUCAGACGCUGCCUCAUCGAAAUCUUUGGCAUCUUAAAGGAGUACGAAGUAGGAGACCCAGGCCAGCGCACCCUAAUAGACCCCAAUGCAGCUGAGGACUCUGAUGAUGACAUGCCUAUGCCUGAGGGCGAGGACAUGGAUACAGAGGAGGAGGAUGAGGAGGACGAAGAGGCAGAGGAAACAAAAUCUAAUCUCAAUACCUCCUCACUGGUCCAGGUGAAAAAUGAGGAGGAGGAGAGUUCCCUGAAAGAUAAGUCCUCAGAGGAUGAGGAAGAGGAGAAGGAAAGGGAGUCCUCUGCCAAGGAGACCAAUACCUCUACCUCAGGGUCCUCCCGGGACCCCAACCUCCACUCGGAGAAGCCCAAGCAGGCUAGCAAAUUUGAUAAACUCCCCAUCAAGGUAGUGCGUAAGAAGAAUCCCUUCCUGUUAAAUCACUCGUCCAAGCUUGGGCAGCGGCAAAGCUUUGACAGUGGCCUCAUACACUGGAGCAUUGGUGGUGGCGACACUACUGAGCACAUCCAGACCCACUUCGAGAGCCGGAUGGACCUCAUCAAGCAGCGGAAACGCACGGCGCCAUCCACCGAGGGCCGCAAGAAGGUUCAGGUGGCUGGGACUGCAACAGAAAAUCAAGAGAAAUCAAAGUCCAACGGGGAGGACAAGGCUCAACAGCAGCAGCCCCAGUCUUCUGAGCCUCAAAAGUCUCCAGCGGAGAAGGUCCCUCCUCCUCUUCCCAUCGGCGCACCGGUUACUGCCACCAUUGAUGACGUACUAUCUGCCCGCCCAGGAUCAGUCACGGAGGAAGUGGUUCGCGGCGGCGCUGAGGAGCAGAAGGAGAAUGGCAAGUUCCUGUUCAGCAUCAACCCUGAUGUCCAGAGCCGCCGCAACAUCAAGAUCCUGGAAGAUGAACCUCACAGCAAGGACGAGACGCCGCUCAGCACUCUGUCGGACUGGCAGGACUCACUCGCUCGACGCUGCAUCUGCAUUUCUAACAUAGUGCGGAGCCUCUCCUUCGUCCCUGGGAACGACCAGGAGAUGUCGAAACACCCGGGCCUCCUGCUGCUGUUGGGCCGUCUGGUGCUGCUCCACCACAGGCACCCGGAGCGCAAGCAGGCGCCGGUCACCUACGAAAAGGAAGAAGAGGAGGACGAAGGCGUGAGCUGUGAGCGGGACGAGUGGUGGUGGGACUGCCUAGAGGUGUUACGGGAGAACUGUUUGGUCACUCUGGCAAACAUCUCGGGCCAGCUAGACCUUUCUAUCUACCCGGAGAGUAUAUGUCUGCCGCUGCUGGAUGGCCUGCUCCACUGGGCCGUCUGCCCUUCAGCAGAGGCCUUGGACCCCUUCCCCACACUGGGGCCCCAUGGCUCCCUUUCACCCCAGAGACUGGUCCUCGAGACCCUCAGCAAGCUCAGCAUCCAGGACAACAAUGUCGACCUCAUUCUGGCAACGCCACCGUUCAGCCGCUUGGAGAAGCUCUACGGCUCGCUCGUCCGUCUGGUCGGCGAGCGCAAGGUGGCCGUCUGCCGAGAAAUGGCGGUCGUCCUGCUAGCUAACUUAGCCCAGGGCGACAGCCUGGCCGCGCGGGCUAUCGCCGUGCAGAAAGCCAGCGUGGGUAACCUGCUGGGCUUCCUGGAGGAUAGCUUAGCAGCCACCCAGUACCAGCAGAGCCAGAGCUCCCUGCUACAAAUGCAGGGCGGGCCCCAGUUUGAACCUACUAGUGUGGACAUGAUGCGGCGGGCGGCCCGGGCCUUGCACGCCCUAGCUAAGGUAGAAGAAAACCACUCUGAGUUCACUUUGUACGAGUCGCGGCUACUGGACAUCUCGGUGUCCCCACUUAUGAACUCUCUGGUGUCCCAAGUAAUCUGUGACGUACUGUUUCUGAUCGGCCAGUCAUGACAGCCGUGGGGAGGUUUCAGCUUUGCCUCUUUCCGUUCCCAUUCAGCCCCCCUUUUUUGUGUGCGUGUGUGAGUGUCUGUUGCGCAUGAGUGAAA